CAGGUGUGGAGCAGUAACCAGUGCUUUCCCACCCCCAGCCAGUCGUGUCCCAUCACCAUGUUCUGGAAGUUUGAUUUGAACACAACGUCACACGUGGACAAGCUGCUGGACAAGGAGGAUGUGACCCUGGAGGAGCUGAUGGACGAGGAUGACGUCCUGCAGGAAUGCAAGGCGCAGAACCGGCGGCUGCUGGACUUCCUGUGCCAGCAGCACUGCAUGGAGCAGCUGGUCACCCUCAUCACCCACGAGCCCCCCGUGGACAUGGACGAGAAGGUCCGAUUCAAGUAUCCCAACACGGCCUGCGAGCUGCUGACCUCGGACGUGCCGCAGAUCAACGACAAACUGGGUGGGGAUGAGACCCUGCUCAACAUCCUCUACGACUUCCUGGACCACGAGCCCCCCCUGAACCCCCUCCUCGCCAGCUUCUUCAGCAAGACCAUCGGGAACCUCAUUGCACGGAAAACAGAACAGCUCCUGGACAUCCAACGAGGAUUUUCUCUCCUCCUCUUUUCCCUGCAGUGGCUGAACGAAGCCAGGAUUAUCCAGAGACUCGUGGAGCUGAUCCAUUCGAGCCAGGACGAGGAUAGGCAAUCCAACGCUUCCCAGACCCUGUGUGACAUCAUCAGGCUGAGCAGAGACCAGAGCACUCAGCUCCAGGAUGUCCCAGAGCCGGAUCCACUUCUCACAGCACUGGAAUCGCAGGAGUGCGUGGAGCAGCUCCUCAGAAACAUGUUCGACGGGGAGCAGAGCGAGACCUGCAUCGUCAACGGAACCCAGGUGCUCCUGACGCUGCUGGAAACGCGGCGCUCCGGAGUGGAAGGCCUGAUGGACUCGUACACUCAGGGAUUCGAGAGGUCUUACGCUGUCAACAGCAGCAUCUUGCACGGCAUCGAGCCCCGGCUCAAGGACUUCCACCAGCUGCUGCUGCGCCCGCCCAAGAAACCGGCCAUCCUGACCACGCUGGGAGUGCUGGAGGAGCCUCUGGGCAACGCGCGGCUGCACGGCUCGCGGCUGAUCGCGGCGCUGCUGCACACCAACACCCCCAGCAUCAACCACGAGCUCUGCAGGCUCGGCACCAUGGACUUGCUACUUGAUUUAUUUUUUAAAUACACGUGGAAUAACUUUUUGCAUUUCCAAGUGGAGCUGUCCAUAGCAGCCAUCCUGUCCCACUCUGUGCACGAGGGGAAGCCCAGCCCGGGGGAGCCGGGCAGCAAAGAGGAAGCUCCGAGCGGGAACGCGGCCCCGGAGCCAGCGGAGCCCACGGAGCCCACGGAGCCCACGGAGCCCCCGGCCGGAGCCACCGAGAACGUCAUGGUCACCCACCUGUUCCAGAAGUGCUGCCUGGUGCAGAGGAUAUUGGACGCCUGGGAAGCCAAUGACAAAAUCCAGGCGGAGGGCGGCAGGAGGAGAGGGAACAUGGGGCACCUGACCCGCAUCGCCAACGCCGUGGUGCACAACAUGGAGAAGGGACCCAUGCAGGCCCAGAUCAGUGACUUCAUCAAAGAGCUGCCAGAGGACUGCAGGGGCAGGUGGGAGAGUUUUGUGGAGGAGACGCUGACGGAGACGAACCGGAGAAACACGGUGGAUUUGGUGAGCACCCACCACCUGCACUCCUCCAGCGAGGAUGAGGACAUUGAAAGCGCUUUUCCCAACGAGCUCACUCUCCAGCAGGCCUUCUCCGAGUACCAGAUCCAGCAGAUGACGGCCAAUUUCGCGGAUCAGUUCGGCUUCAACGACGAGGAGUUUGCUGACCAGGAUGACAACAUCAAGUUGGAAACAGCUCCUUGUUUUCCAGGAGCACAGCCCGAGAAUUCCAUCCCUGCUGGGGCCCCUUCAGGCCCUGCAGGGGCUCUGAGCUCUCCCUGGAGCCUUCUCCUCUCCAGGGGAACAUUCCCAGCUCCUGCAGCUUUAGAUCAUCUUUCCAGACUCAGAUUAGGGAAGCAGAGGCAGAGAUGGAUUUCUCAUGGAUCUAAACAUUUCCAGGCUGUUCCUGGCCUUUCCUGCUUUGUUCCCCAAAGCGAGGCAGCAGCAGCAGCAGGGCUGUGGCGAUCCCGGGUGAUCCCAGCUCCUGAGCAGAGCUGGGUUUGCUCAGUCCUGAGCCUGGGAUUAGUAAAUCAGUGUGUGCAGAGAAGGUGUGCAGUGAUUCCUGUGCUCCUGCAGCCCAACGCCUCCCUGUUCGAGGCCUGCUGCAACGAGCGCAUCCAGCAGUUCGACGACAACGAGGAGGAGGAGGACAUCUGGGAGGAGAAGGAGAUCUCCUACGCAACCCAGGUCAAGUCCAGGACACGGUUUGGAGCGUCGCAGACGUCGGAGAGCUCCAGGAGUGACCUGGAGAACGGGGACCACGACGGCAGCGUGGACUCGGAGGAGGAGGAGGAGCAGCGGCCGCCCCCCAGGCUGUCCCCCCAGGCUGUGCUCUCCACAGGGGCUGGCUGGACGGCCGUGUUCGAGCCCGCGAGCCCCGCGCCGCCCGUGGCCAUGGACGUGGGCUCCAGCGUGUGGGACUCGGCUGCCCCGCAGAGCAGCGCCCCGGAGGAGAAGGGCUGGGCCAAGUUCACAGACUUCCAGCCUUUCUGCUGCUCCGAGUCCGGGCCCCGCUGCAGCUCCCCCGUGGACCCCGAGAGCGGCGGCAGCGACAGGAGCCCGGCACAGGGCCAGGACAAGAACUGCAGCGCUGCCGCUCCCUGUGCGUGGAACGCGUGCGGGACGCGCAAGGCGCCGCUGGGGGCCCUGGACAGCAGCUCCUCGGGC